UUAAGUGAGAGCAUGGACCAUGGAGGAGUUGGCCAAUAUGACCUUGGCAUGGAACAUUGUGAAAAAUUUGAGAUUUCAGAAACUAGUGUAAACAGAGGUCCAGAAAAGAUCCGACCAGAGUGCUUUGAGUUACUGCGCGUACUUGGCAAAGGUGGCUAUGGAAAGGUGUUUCAAGUACGAAAAGUAACUGGAGCGAACACUGGGAAAAUAUUUGCCAUGAAAGUUCUUAAAAAGGCAAUGAUUGUAAGGAAUGCAAAGGAUACGGCUCAUACAAAAGCAGAGCGGAAUAUACUGGAGGAGGUGAAACAUCCCUUCAUCGUAGACUUAAUUUAUGCCUUUCAGACUGGUGGAAAACUCUACCUCAUCCUUGAGUAUCUCAGUGGAGGAGAACUAUUUAUGCAGUUAGAGAGAGAAGGGAUAUUUAUGGAAGACACAGCUUGCUUUUACUUGGCAGAAAUCUCAAUGGCACUGGGGCACUUGCAUCAAAAAGGAAUCAUCUAUCGUGACCUGAAGCCAGAAAAUAUCAUGCUUAAUCAUCAAGGUCAUGUAAAAUUGACUGACUUCGGAUUAUGUAAAGAAUCUAUUCAUGAUGGAACAGUCACACACACAUUCUGUGGAACAAUUGAAUACAUGGCCCCUGAAAUCUUGAUGAGGAGUGGGCAUAAUCGUGCUGUGGACUGGUGGAGUUUGGGGGCAUUAAUGUAUGACAUGCUGACUGGAGCACCUCCUUUCACUGGGGAGAACAGAAAGAAAACAAUUGACAAGAUUCUCAAGUGUAAACUCAACUUGCCUCCCUACCUCACACAAGAAGCCAGAGAUCUGCUUAAAAAGCUGCUAAAAAGAAAUGCUGCCUCACGCCUAGGAGCUGGUCCUGGAGAUGCUGGAGAAGUUCAGGCUCACCCGUUCUUCAGACACAUUAACUGGGAUGAGCUGUUGGCACGAAAGGUGGAACCUCCUUUUAAACCCUUAUUGCAAUCUGAAGAGGAUGUGAGCCAGUUUGAUUCAAAGUUUACACGUCAGACACCUGUCGAUAGCCCAGAUGACUCUACUCUCAGUGAAAGUGCCAACCAGGUCUUUCUGGGUUUUACGUAUGUGGCUCCAUCUGUACUUGAAAGUGUAAAAGAGAAAUUUUCUUUUGAACCAAAAAUACGAUCACCUCGCAGAUUCAUAGGUAGCCCUAGGACACCAGUCAGCCCUGUAAAGUUUUCCCCUGGGGAAUUCUGGGGAAGAGGUGCUUCUGCCAGCGCAUCAAAUACUCAGACACCUGUGGAAUAUCCAAUGGAGACAAGUGGAAUAGAACAAAUGGAUGUGACAGUCUGUGGAGAGGCCUCAGCACCACUUCCAAUCCGGCAACCAAACUCUGGGCCAUAUAAAAAACAAGCUUUUCCCAUGAUAUCCAAACGACCAGAGCACUUGCGCAUGAAUCUAUGACGACACAAUUUUUUUAAGCCUUUGAAGGUGGAAAACAAAGAACGGACAUAAGCCCCUUGCAGUUGAAAUACGAGGGCUUGUAUGGUUUACUUUUAAAAAGUGACAGUAUCAAAGAGUCAGUCAUUGCACAGAGUGACUUGGAAAGCAAAGAAAAAUGGAUUUUUUUUCUGUCAAUCAAUGGUGCAUAAAAAACUUUAGCAAAUGGUAUUGCAGAACUCUAGGCACAUCAUCUAACUGAUUCGCAGUGACAUCUUCUCACCUUAUCAAGGAUUUUUCAGCUUGGUAGCUUGAAACUGACAGUAUUAAGGGUCAGGAUGUUGCUUCAGAAUCACUGGUCUAGUCGUGGAUGUGUCAAGGAGGGUUAGCCCUUUCACUAGGCAACGUCUGAAAUGCCUGUCUGCUUGCGUCUGAGGAAUAAUUAGCAUGCAAGCUUGGUUAAGCUGUUUCCUACAAUGGGGUGGAAUCAAAGGUGAACGAUAAAAUAAUUGGUGUUUCACAUUCAAAACGGAAUGAGUUUUUUAUAUAUAUAAAAAAAUAUAUAUUUUUCAAUAGAUUUUUUGAUUCAGCUCAUUAUGGAAAGUAUCCCAAAAUGAAAAAUGCAAAAUAAUUGGUUGCUGUGAAGAAAGUUAAAGGCUCUAGUUCUGAUUCUUCUCCUCGUGAAACAACAAAUCCAUAAGUGAAUCACUCGAGUUACCAGCUUGGCAAUGUGGGGUGGGAGAGAACUAUUUCCCUUGCUUACCCAGCUGAAAUCCCUGUUCCUGCAAAGACAAAUGGAUCUAAUCAAAUGGCAAUGCUGCUAUGUUCUAGGCUUAACUGGAAGCCAUGGGCUCACAGACACGUCCUGCUUAUUUCAUCCUUGUCCUCAGCAGACAUUUCACUGGGAAAUAUCACUUUUGUAUACGCUAGUCACUUAGGCGGAGAGAGCUCAACACGUUCAGGUUCUUACCCAUGUAAAAGGUCAGGAGAAACUGCAUCAGAGUACAAGGUCAGUAGAAACAUAGGAAAUACCAGAGGAAACAUAUCCAAAUUCUACAUAGUGUAAGGAAAUAAGCCUUUUUAUAACAAGUGGGUAAGAAUUUGAGGAUUAUUAUUUUUUUUUAAAUACAAUUUUGCUUAUGGGAGUUUCCUACCAUUACACAUUUCUAAAUUUAUCAACUUUUUUUUUCUGUGCUGGGGCAAUAAAUUUGCUGAUUGUAUGAGAAAAAGUGUUAAACGGCCUUUCAGUGAAUGUCUUCCACAGUGGGUCAGAACUUUAGCAACUUAAUUUAGGAAACAUGUUCUAAGGACACUAUUUAUGUUUUUGAAAUCGUCACAAUCUGUACAAACGACUUACAGGUACAAAGAAUAAAAUAAAGGUAUCUUUACCUUACUUAAAUACUUCCUGCCUUAAAGAAAGCAUUUCCAUGAACAUAGCUGGUGAAAGGGUUAAUAUCUGCAGAGCUUUACACUAGUUAGAGUGUGUAUGGUGUGUGCGUGUGUGUGUAGAUGAUCAUGCAACUGCAUACAAGUCCUGUCACUUUUUGCCUGCCGCACAUCGCGUUAUCUUUAGUCAGACUGUGCAAGGUCUACUUCUAGU